AUGGAGAAAGAUACCCAGAUGAAAGAAGAUGCAUCGAUAAAUGCCCAGCUUCAGGGUCUAAGAAAGGCAUUGAAAAUCUUACAAGUUACUAGAGGAACAGAGAGUCUGGAUUAUGAUGACUUGUGCAUCCAUCCAGACAUUGACAUGCCGGUAGGGUACAAACCACCGAAGUUUGACAUGUUCGAUGGAAAAGGUGACAAUCAUGCACAUUUAAGGGCAUACUGUGACAAGUUAGUUGGUGUAGGGAGAAAUGAGAAGCUAAGGAUGAAGUUGUUCAUCCGGAGUCUGUCUAGAGAAGCAUUGACCUGGGUGCAACCACCACUAGACGAGAGUGAGCUCUCGAAGCACUUUAUUCGAGCUCAAGAAAGUGUCUACUUCGACAAGAUAAUGUCAAUGAUGGGCCAGAAGUUUGCAGAAUUGGUCAAGAUGGGAGACUUUAUAGAGGAGGGUGUUAAAUUUGGGAAGAUUCAGUCUAUAGUCGCAUUGCAAGCCGCAAGUAGGGCUAUACAAUUGGGUUCCAUUGGCGGCAUAAAAAAUAAAAGGGAGAAUGUUUCAGUUGUCACUUUCCAACAAGGAGGAUCGUCCCACCGGUACCCCAAUAAUCCCCAAAUUGUUGUGCAUGCUUCAUACGUCCCGUACCCAGUGUAUAAUACCCAACCACACAAUAGUCCACCCCGAACACCAGCAUACCAAAAUCCUCCAAGACCAUAUGUCCCUGUCCAAGCACCAAUCCACCAAAAUAGACCAGCAUAUGCACCGAGACCACGUCCAAAUCUUGAAGCUAGAAAUGCUCGCACUUACACACCGAUUGUUGAACCCUACGCCCAAUUGUUUGAGUGGUUGAGGACAGUGGGAGUGCUGCAACCAAUUGAAGGAAAACUUUCUGAUCCAAUCCCUCGUAAUUUUGAUGGAAACAAGCGAUGCUCUUACCACUCGAGAAUCCAAGGACACGACACAGAAGAUUGUUAUAGGUUAAAGAACCAGAUCGAGUCUUUGAUUAGAAGAGGAGUAAUCAAUGCACUCCAGCACCUCCCAAUUUGA